AUGCCCCGCCGUCACGUCGUGCAGAUGUCCACCAGCCACGCCAGCUACAGUGUCUGCGUGGUGGGUACCGAGGUCUUCCUCGAUACGCGCCGAUCUACCCCCAAAGGUGCCACGUCAUUUGAUGUGCAUGCCACCUCCGCGGUUACGGUCCACAUCAUCCACAGCCCCACAACAAAACCCAUGAUUAACUCCAGGUGGCCCCUGGAUCCAGAUAUAGAGGUUGUCGUGACCAUUGAUGUCACCAGCAAGACCGUCAAUGACAAUAAGGUUAAGAUUGCGUACUACGGACAGGAAGGCAACGAGCUUUCAGUGGCUUGGUUGUACCUCACCUGCGUAGAUAUAGCCCUGGACGUGGACUUGGGCCGUAAUGGCAGAGUGAAGAGCAAAGGGAAGGACAAGGCCAAGUGGACGUGGGGUCCGGAUGGGCAAGGCGCCGUGCUGCUGGUCAACUGCGACCGCGACAGCCCCGGCGCGGGGGGCACAGACAGCGGUCAGGUGGACAUACGGACCCCUGCAGACCUUCAGGACAUGUCCGUCAUGCUGCUGCGCACUCAAGGUCCCAGCGCGAUCUUUGCUGAGUACCAGGUGGUCCUGCAUGUCCCCGAGUCAGAUGCAGAUAAAGUGCGGGUUUUCCAUGCCAUUCGGAGUGACUCACACACCCACUACAAACCCGUGUUGGGGCCGGACAAGCUCUCCUAUGUGCUGGACCAUGUCGGCAGCGGAGAAAACACCUUCUACGUUGAAGGGUUGGCUUUCCCUGACAUGGGCUUCUCCGGAUUGGUGUCCUUCAGCGCCAGCUUGCUGGAGACCCCCCAUAAGAGUUCGCCGGGCACUCCGAUUUUCACAGAUACGGUGGUUUUCCGCGUGGCGCCCUGGAUCAUGACGCCCAACACGCAGCAGCCUCUAGAGGUUUUUGUCUGCAGCAUCCAGCGGGGCUCAGACUCCAAUGAAGUUUUUCUUGAAGGGCAAAUGAAGAAAGCCAACUGCAAGCUGACCAUCUGCUCCGAGGUGGAAACCCGCAGCGACCGCUGGAUCCAGGACGAGCUGGAGUUCGGCUACGUGGAAGCACCGCACAAGACCUUCCCUGUCGUCUUUGACUCGCCCAGGAACAGAGGCUUGAAGGAUUUUGCUUUUAAAAAGAUCCUGGGCCCUGAUUUUGGCUACGUCACCCGUGAACCUCCCAGGAAAGCCGUCACCAGCCUGGAAAAAAAAAGGCCGUCCACCCCGCCGGUGACGGUGCGAGGGAAGGAGUAUCCCCUGGGCCGCAUCCUGAUCGGCAGCCCCCUGCCUUGGUGA